AUGGACGGUGUUUCUGCUGUUGCUGCAGUCUUUAGCUUAGCAAAGAUCGUGCUAUAUGGGAUCAACGUUUUGGAUGACUACCGACGACUUGUUGUCACGGAGGAGCUGAGUUAUCUCGUUAACAAGGGUGAUGGGCUAACAAGCACCCUCACCUUGAAUACCAAUGCUGCUGAGGAAGUCGUGAGAUAUUGGAGCCUCUUUUACGAAGAGAACUUUGAUUACAAGGACUUCUGCGAGGACCUUCAAAGAACGCAGGUCGAGUUCAAGAAACAUUGCACUUUUUGA